GUACGGAAAGGGUAGGAGCGAAAACCGACAACAGUUCCUACCAUUUUGAAGAGGACUCGCUGUCGGCGUUCCGUAGCCAUUUUGGCUCAAGAUCCAUUUUGGUUCAGGGCAGGUUGGUCGUCAGGUCUUUUUGUACGCACGCGUAGGCAGCAGCUCCCCCACUUAAGGAUUACCAGAACCAUUGUAUGCAUAUAUUCCGGCAUGAUCUCUCGCCAGAAGGGUCUUGCUAGUUAUGGUGCGGCAUUCAUUGAGGCAGGGGUUGAUCUGCAGUCUCUGUGCGAGGAUGACAGUUGAUGACCUGCGCAAGCUCGCCAUACCGCCCUCGGCUCAUAAUGAUAUAACGUCUUAUCAUUUUUGGGCGAUGCUGCGAGCCUGAAUGCAUCAGUGAGGCCAUCGUCUUGCAGGAGACCGCGCCACCGCCCAGGCAACGGCCGACGCAGGCAUGGACAGAAGUUUCAAGGCGUUGUACCGAGUUACCGCGGCGCCUCCUUAGAACGUUCUGGCAACGCAGACAGUGCGAGACGUAGUACAGGGAGGACGGCCAACAGUACCUCGGCUCAGGAAGAUUGGGUGCCUACCAUUUCUGGGCGAGAUUGUGAGCCUGAACGCGACAGUGAGACCAUCGUCUUACAAGGGGCCGCGCCACCGCUUAGGCAACGGACGAACCAGGCAUGGACAGAAGCUGAGGGCGUUGUACCGAGUUACCGCGGCACCUCCGUAGCACGUCCUGGCUACGCAGACAGUGCGAGACGUACUACAGGGAGGACGGACAACAGUAUGUUUUCUGUGAAUCAGUGUUUCGCGGCUUUCGUGGAUGACAAUGCUCGGCUGAGCCACAAGGCGGGUGCUCUCCAAAGCAGUGAUGCUCAUGGUUGUAUCGCUGACCUUCGAACCAAGCUUUCUUCUUGACAAGGGCAUGCUACAUGGAUGGGACUACAAAGUUGUGAUUGGUGGAGUUUUGGUCCCAGAGCUUAGAUUGAUCUGGCUCGACGUGAUGGUAAUGGUCAGCGGCGCAUUGUCAUUACACUUAGCGGCCUCUUUGGAUAUCGCAGUCACGUAUGUAUUCGAGGUUGUAGUUUUCAAGACAAAGGACUUCGGCGUUACAGCAUUAUUUUUGGUAAUGAUCACCUGCGCCCUCCGGGCCUAUUUCGUACAUAUGAUGCUCCUUGUCCGAGCACAAGAGGGUGCCGUGGCGGAAGUUCGUUCCAACCUCGUCAGACGGUUUUCCCAGGACAGCGUUCUGACUCGACGCCUGUCGCAAACGAGCCUUGGGAUCCCAUCGCCGCGCGCACGAGGAAAGUGAGCGUUCGGCCCGAAGCGAGAAGAGCCACGGCGGCUUCUCGGCUCCUGGGGCCCUCGCGAGGCGGUCCGCUGCACCCGCUGCGCGUGGCCGGCUCGGAGCGGGCCGACCAGGUGUUGUGGCCGUGGCCCGUUGGCCAGUGCACUGUCGGGCCGGCCAGAGGCUUCCAGGAAUCUUCCUUGAUUUCUACUAAUGUUCCGCAUGGGCGACAUGAACGCGGGCCGCUAGACGCUAGAUACUCUGGAGCUCCCGGAACCCAAUCGUGAGCCAGACGUAUCAUGACGGCGUUCUUGUCUUUCUACCAGCCGGGCUCCCCUGCGGGCUGUCAGAGAGCUAGUCGUCCUCUUCCCUCCUCCGCUGCGCCCCAUUCAUGUAUGCAUGCCCGUCUCACGCGCACUCAAGCCUCGCACGCCCGAUAGAAGACCACGGGUGCCUCCGUAGCUCUCGGUGCCGCUUUCAGCACCCUGCCAGCAAUCGGCGAUACACUGUGGUCGAUCCCUCCAUCCUGAUGCCUUCCCCCGCACCUCCUCCAGGUGACCGCCGACGCCGACGAUUGAAAGAUUGGCUUGAUUUUCCAUCAGCUCUGAGG